GCCCGGCAGGAAGAUGGCGUUGCAGAGAGUCGGGAUGCAGCCGCGCGUGUUUUCACUUCUAUUUCUCUGUCUUUUCUGCUCCUGCGGCUCCUCUCUGUACUUUCACAUCGGGGAGACCGAGAAGAAAUGUUUCAUCGAGGAAAUCCCGGACGAGACGAUGAUAAUCGGUAACUACCGGACUCAGCUCUAUGACAAGCAGAAGGAGGAGUACCUGCCGGCCACUCAGGGCCUGGGCAUGUUCGUGGAAGUCAAGGACCCCGACGACAAGGUCAUCCUGUCCCGCCAGUACGGCUCGGAGGGCCGCUUCACCUUCACGUCCCACACGCCUGGAGAGCACCAGAUCUGCCUGCACUCCAACUCCUCCAAGUUCUCGCUGUUCGCCGGGGGCAUGCUGAGGGUUCACCUGGACAUCCAGGUCGGCGAACACGCCAACAACUACGCAGAGAUCGCCGCCAAGGACAAGCUGACGGAGCUGCAGCUGCGGGUGCGGCAGCUGGUGGAGCAGGUGGACCAGGUCCAGAAGGAGCAGAACUACCAGCGGUAUCGUGAGGAGCGUUUCCGACAGACCAGCGAGAGCACGAACCAGCGCGUCCUGUGGUGGUCCAUCGUGCAGACGCUCAUCCUGGUGGCCAUCGGCAUCUGGCAGAUGAGGCACCUCAAGAGCUUCUUCGAGGCCAAGAAGCUGGUGUAGCGUGUGUGUGUAUGUGUGUCUGUAUGUAUGUGUGUCUGUCUGUAUGUAUGCGUGUGUAUGUGUGUGUCUGUAUGUAUGCGUGUGUAUGUGUGUGUCUGUCUGUAUGUGUGUGUAUGUAUGUAUGUAUGUGUGUGUGUGUGGUCUCCACUAUGGAUGCAGCUCUGAGCUGCAGUCGGUGUGCAGGACUCCCGUCUGCGCGUCGCGUCUGCAGCUCGCCGCCAGAGAACCGUGAUACGUGUUUCCGGCGGCCUCGCCGGCGCCACCUUCCCUCCCUCCGCCCGCCGUGAGUUUGUUACUGCGUUGCCACCUGAGAUCCUGACGGUUCACACAAACUAACGAUGGAUGUGGAUUUGAAACGUCGACCUGGGACAGUUUUUCUGCAGAUUAACGAAAUAAAACCGUCAGAAAUGUAAUCUGAUUACUGUUUGGACUUAAGUUUGUGAGAAAGGAAAGCUCUUUUUUUUUCUUAGACUUUCGUCAAGAUGAUUUUACUGAAAGAAUCCAAAAUAAUUUUAAAAGAAACUCAUUUUUGAUUUAAUCUGAAAACAGAAUAUGAAGAUUUUUUUUUUGUAUUUUUUUUUUUCCUUCCAGUUUUUUGUUGACAGAUUUUUUUCUUUCUCGUCUUUUUUAAAACCUGAAUAAUUGACGGUUGAAUUUGGUUUCAGGAUGUGGAUGAUAAACGUUUGUCAAAUUAGAAACAUUCUUUGGUCUGAAGUCCGCAGAAGAACCUUGGCUUUCUUUUUUUUUCUUUUCUUUUCAUCCUUUGUCAGAUGAACGCCGACGUCAGUUCAGAAUGUUGGAUGUUUUUUUCAGAAUCAUGAGAUUAAAGUCAGAUUUUACAUUUGUAUUUUUAGUUUCUUUUUUUCUAAUAACUAUUAUUAUUAUUAUUAUUAUUAUUAUUGUUCUGAGAUUCAAGUCAAUAUUCUGACUUUUUUUUCUGGUUUUUAAAAUAUUUUUACUCUGUGAUGAUAUUUAGGUCAAAGUUUCUUCUUUUUUUGGAGAUUUUUUUUCUCAACUUUGAGUAUAAAGAUUAAAUUAACUAAAUAAUAAUAAUAAUAAUAAUAAUAAUAAUAAUGAUUUAUUAAAGAAAAAGAAAACGUUUUCUCUGAAUUCUGACAAUGGAGCCAGAAUAAUUUUUUUCCGUCAGAUUAAAGUAAGAAUUCUUCUUUUUUUUUUCCUCACCUUUUCCUGAUUUCCUCCUCGUCUCUGGAGGAAGCAUCUCGUAUUUCUGGAUUUAAGUCAGUUCUCAGUCUUAUAUUUUCAGAUUUGUGAGUCCGGAGCAUUCGUUCAUCAUUCAGGAUCUGUUUUCUCUCUUUCUUUCACUAAAACGACUUUCUCGGCUCUCGAGCUGCCAGAUGUUUCUGAUCUCAGCCUCAGAUCUGAAAUCUCUGGUUUCAGCUCCGUUCUUGUCUUGUCCUCCUCCGGCUGUAGAGAUGCAGUUUAUUUAAAAGAUAGUCGUCUACUGGUCGUGUUUUUGUUGUCGGGUUUCUGCAGCAGGACCUGAAUCGUCUGGUGAGGGUUUUCUACCAAGUUCUUGUCCUCUCAUCCUUGUAAAUGUCACAUCAGAACUCUGUGAUUUAGUUUUUUAUGCUGUAAUUAUAUUGUAUUUUGAGGGGAAAGGAGAUUUAAGAGAUGUCACUUCCAGAUGAAAUAAAAUACAAACAAGAACUUGUUUCAGCUGGUUAAUAAAAAUGUUUCCAGCGUU